GUUCCCUCAUCAAAGCAAUCCCAGGACCUGCAGCUAAUCAUAACAGCCACUCGAGCACUCGAUUCGAUCCUCUCUCGAGCUCUCCGUUCUUCGAUCUCCGUCCAUGGCGCCGUCCAUCACCAUUGCCGCCGCGCCGCCGGCCUCUGGCUGGAAGAGCGGCCGGAAGGCCGUGGCGGCGCCGGCGGAGGGCGAGGCGGAGGCGGAGGCGCUGCUGCUGCGUCGCCGGAACGCCGAGCUGGAGCGGGAGGUGGCGCUGCUGCGGGCGGAGCUGGAGGCCGCGCGGCUGCGCGCCGAGGCCGCGGAGGAGGCCGAGGAGCGGCUGUGCGCGCAGCUCGGCGAGGCCGAGUGCGAGGCCCUCGAGCUCGCGCGCGCGUACCAGGGCCACGUCCAGGAGCUCGCGCGGGAGCUCGCCGCCGCACGCAGCAGCUAGCGGAGCGUGGCACUGGACCCGCUUGGAGGAGGCGAAGAGGCAGGCAGAGCGCGUGGCCGAGCUCGUCGGUGAUGCUUUGACGAUCGAUGAAGAGGUUAAUUAGUUUCUUGUACGAGCAAGAUGUCAGUGUUUGUAACUUGUACUCUACGUACGACUAGUACAAUUGAAUAGCAGGCGCGGAAGUAUAUAUUCGUAAAUACUUGUAGGAUAAAUGGGUGUAUGUAGACGUGUUUUAAUUCUAUAUACAUUUAUUUUUACCUCUCA